UCCCUACCUAGAGAGAAACAAAGUUAGUUUACAAGCUGAUUUAGUUUAAGGGAACAUUUCCAUAUAUAGAGCAUAUAACAAAAAAUUCUAGAACAUGGGUGUCAACGCUGAAAUUGAGUACCCAGUCAUUGAGUUCCGUUCAUCGGAUUUGAAGCGAGGUACUGAUGGGUGGAAUCGUUUGUGCAAGAGGGUUCGUGAGGCUUGCGAGACUUUCGGCUCUUUUGAGGUGGUAUACGAAAAGAUAUCAACGGAAGUUCGAGAAGAGGUUUUUAGGUUGAUUAAAGAACUGGUUGAAGUCCCAGUAGAGAGGAAACAGAAGAACGUUAGUCCCAUGCCUUUCCAUGGUUGGGUUGGAUCAUGCCCUCAGAUUUCUUUGUUGUAUGAAGGCUUCGGAGUUGGAGAUGCCUCCAACUAUGAUUCUAUUAAAAGCUUUGCUCAACUUAUGUGGCCUGAUGGUUACCCACACUUUUGUGACAUUGUACACACUCUGGCGACACAAAUGGAAGAGCUAAACAAGUUAAUCUGGCUAAUGAUAAUUGAUAGUUAUGGAUUAGGGGAGGAAUCACUGAAGAUGUGCUACACAACGCUAAUACGGAUGGUGAAAUACAUGGCCCCUCCAUCGGGGAAGUUUGAGAGUGGACUCUUUCCUCAUACAGAUAAACCAAUUAGCACACUCAUUUGCGAGGAUAAAAUUUCAGGACUGGAAAUUGAGGUCAAGGACGGCCAAUGGUUGAGGUUGUCUAAUUUAUCUCCUUCUUCCUUUGUAUUUAUGGUUGGAGACCCUUUCAAGGCUUGGAGUAAUGGGAGAUUGAAAUCGGGGAUGCACAGAGUGAUGAUGAGUGGAGAUAAAGAUCGAUAUUCUAUAGCAGCUUUUGCCGUUCCAAACAAGGGUACCAUAAUCAAGACACCCAAAGAGCUUAUAGAUGACCAACAUCCUCAACUUUACAAAGACUUUGAUUUCAUGGAGUACUUCUUUUUUACUGCUUCGGACUUAGCAAAGAGGUUCAACUCCAACCAGCAGAUCGACGCCUUUGCUGCUCUCUCACCACCGAUUUCCAAUUAAGAACAUAUGAUCAUAUUCACAAGUAAAAGCUGGAUUUCGGUUUUAAAUUAAUGUUACAAAUAAUAAAUUGAAUCCCAUGUUUGGGAUUUGCAUUCUCGUAAUGUAUUAGCAUGUUAUAGUUUGUUAUAAUCAUGUAAUUGUAGGUUACUAAAUCUAUUGUGUUGAGUAAUGUUGGUGUAUGAAUUCAAUAAGAUGGCAGUUCAUGGAUUCAAUAA